CUGCGAAGAUUGCUACUGUUUUGCCUCGGUAAAGUAAAACAAAAAUGACAAGUUCAGGCUUGUUCUCGAGUGGCAGCGACUACAAACAGAUUCUGAAUAGAUUGAAAACUGAAUUCGAGAAACGUUAUAAUGCAUCCAAAGAGACCACUCUUUCAUCACUGAACAAUUACGAUAUACUGAAAAUAAUUGGAACAGGCGCUUUCGGUGUUGUAAAAUUGAUCCGCAAGAAAAAUUCCGAUCAAUACUACGCGAUGAAAAUUUUAUCUAAGGCCCAAAUCGUACAGCAUAAGCAGAUACAACACACGAUCAACGAGAAAAGGAUCCUUCAGAGCGUGAAUUUCCCAUUUCUUGUUCAUUUGGAGACCUGUGCCAAGGAUAAUUCGUUCGUUUAUCUGGUGAUGCCGUUCAUUAACGGAGGUGAAAUGUAUUCGUUAUUACGAUCCAAUAAGCGGUUUAGUGAGGAUCAAUCAAAAUUUUAUGCAGCACAAAUAGCGCUUGCACUCGAAUACUUGCAUUAUUUAAAUUUGGUGUACCGAGAUUUGAAGCCCGAAAAUGUUCUGAUUGAUCAUAAAGGGUACGUUAAGAUAGCGGACUUUGGAUUUUGCAAGAUGAUUCGAGAUCGGACGUGGACGCUCUGUGGCACUCCCGAAUAUUUGGCACCGGAACUGCUCCAAUCUAAAGGAUACGGCAAGAGCAUCGACUGGUGGACAUACGGUGUUGUCGUGUACGAAAUGGUUGCCGGAUAUACCCCUUUUUAUUCCGUGGAUCAAAUGAAAAUGUUUGAGAAAAUAUGUAAAGGAAAAUUUCGAUUUCCAGCCGAUUUCAGUGCCGAUCUUAGAGAUUUGGUGAAAAACAUCCUUCAGGUAGAUUUGUCCCGAAGGUUUGGAAAUUUGAAGGAUGGAACAAGCGAUAUUAAAGGUCACCCGUGGUUCAAAGGAACGAACUGGAUCGCCAUGCUGAAUGGGGAAGUAACGGCUCCAUUUCUACCGAAAAUCAGCGGUCAAGGAGAUACAUCUCGUUUUGAUUAUUACGAAGAAAGGAAUUUGAAAGUUGCAUCCAAAUGCCAAUUUGUGAAGGAAUUUGCCGAUUUCUAGAAUACGCUUAA